AUGUUAUCGCUCAAGGUACUCUUAACUUCCCGACUCGGCAAUCGGUGUUUGAUUCCGGUGGGAGCCUUUUCCGUUGCCCGGUUCUCUAAACUCGCCGGGAGUUCAACCAGUACAACCUCUCCUUUAGUUGACUACCUGGUUUCAAAUUUCCAGUUCCCUGAAACUCAAGCCCUCUCCAUUGCGGCUGGAUUCCACCAUCGCCAGUCUUCCCAAAAGGCGCAAGCUUUGUUCACGUUUCUACGCGGCCUCGGUUUCUCUCAGGACCAUAUACGAUCUACUGUCUGUGGGGCUCCUCAGAUUCUGUUCGCUGGUGUUGACAAUAACCUUAAACCCAAGAUGGAGCUGUUUCAGAAACUGGGUUUCGAGGGUCCUGGUCUUGGUAAGUUUGUCUCUAAGAAUGCUGGUGUUUUAACAUCUAGUCUGGAGAAGAGGCUGCGUCCUCGAGUUCAUUUUUUGCUAGGAAAUUUUUAUCAGAAGGACGUGCUUAAGGCUAUAGAAAGAUGCAGUUUGCUUAUAUUUAAGCACCCAGAUUCUAGAUUGCUGUCAAACGUAGCUUUGUUGCGAAGCUGUGGCAUUGUAGGGUCUCAGCUCUCCAUGCUGUUGAGGAUGCUGCCUAGGGUUUUUCUGAGGAAAGAAUGUCAACUUAGAGGCAUCGUUUCGAGGACUUUGGAUUUCGGGUUCUCAAUGAAAUCAAGGAUGUUUGUACAUGGGUUGUGUACUGUUAGUUGCUAUAGCAAGGCGACAAUCGACCGGAAGUUUGCCGUGUUUGAGGGAUUUGGGUUUUCGAGGGAAGAAUGCAUUGCAAUGUUCAGAACAGCUCCGGCCGUGGUGAGGUGUUCUGAUGUGAAGUUAACGUCUGGGGUUGAUUUCUUUUUGAACACCAUGAAUCUGACAAAGGAGGCGGUGGUUCGUAGUCCUGGACUUUUGAUGUAUAGCAUGAAGGAAAGAGUUAUUCCUCGAUAUCGAGUUCUGGAGAUUAUGGAAUCGAAGGGGCUGUUGAAGAAGAAGCCAAACUUUAACACCGUUGUGUUAUAUACAAGUGAACAAUUUCUGGAAAAGUUUGUAUUCAUGUAUCGAGAUCAUGCAAAGGAACUAUUAGGGGUUUACAAUGGUCACAAUGUGGAUUCCUCUGAAGAUGCAACUUGUUUGAAGGUGUCUGUAAUUUGA